AUGGAUUCACAACUUGAUUUACUUGAGCAACAUAUUGCCCAACUCGAGCAAAUUGUCUACAAGGAAAAGGUUAUCUAUCCAGAUCCACCAGUUCGUGAGGAAGACCACAUUGACCCAGAAUUAAUCAAAAUGAUGAAAGAUAAAAACCUCUGGAGCUAUUCAGGUGUUCGUCGUGUUCCAGCAGACUACUACCAGAAGCCUCUUGAUUAUCGUAUGCAAUGCGUUGGCUGCCAAAAGAUAGAACAACUCUGCAAGUGCGUUCUUUUUGAAGUUAAGGAUGCUCCAGAUAAAAAUAAGAGAUUUGUUUGCCUUUGCAUUCAAUACGUUGACAGCUUCAGCUCCAGUAAGUUGCAAGCCGUCAUUUCAAAAUUACUUGGCAAGAACGUUACAGAUAUCGGUUUAGCAGAUGAAAAUAUUGCUACAGAACUCACUGGAUCUAAGCAUAACGCUAUGACACCAGUUUUUAUGCGACCAUCUAAAAAAUACGAAACAUAUGAAGUUCCUAUCAUCCUUUCUGAGAAAAUUGCAGCCCUCGACCCACACUUCUUCUGGCUAGGUGGUGGAGAAAUCGAUACAAAGUUCGGAAUUGAAACUCGCAAGUUUAUUACAACUUUCAAGCCAUAUAUCGCAGACAUCUCUGCCUAA